CCAACGCACUUACUUCCUCUUUUCUGCUUGGUCGCCACCAUUGUCCUCCAAGAUGUCGUUCUGGCGUCAGAGUGUGCUUGUGGCGUUGCUCCUGACAGGUUCGGUGAGGGGGGUCGCUCGCGUGCGCUACCAGAUGUCGGACCUGUGCGCGGUCAAAGGCUCCACGCUCGCCGUCGGCUGCACGUUCACGCCCCUCAUGGCGGUUGUCAGGGCGGUGUGGUGCGUUGACCACCUCAUUUGUCACGGCUCCACGCCGUCCGUGUACGACAGCGCCAGGCCCCGCCCUGGCUCGCGCUACCAGUACCUGGGAGACUUGGAGGAAAACUGCACGCUCGUGAUCCACGACGUCCGGAAAACGGACAACGGGGUGCUCCGCUUCCGGAUGGAGGCUGCUGAUCCCAUUGGACAUUUCACUGGCAUCACGGGGGCAAAGGUCAACGUUAUCGAUGACGCUCGGAUGGUGGUGUUAAGCAUCGCCCCACCCAGGGUGACUGAGGGCGACAGGGUGAUUUUGAGCUGCGCUUGCCGCUGCUCCUUCCAACAGCUGGAGGUUCGCUGGUUCCGAGACGGCCACGCCCUCGUAGAAUCUGGCCCCACCCUGCAGCUGGGCCCGCUGACCACGGGCGAGUCCGGCAACUACACGUGCGCACUGGCCAGGGACACCGGGACAACAUCGCUGCCCUUCAGUUUGAACGCGGAAGCGCGUAAAGCCGAUUCACUCGAUGGGUGGCUUGCACCGACUCUUGGCGGAACCAUUGGCCUUCUUUUGGUGUUGCUGAGUUCUAUCCUGCUCAUUUUCAUCGUUAAAAGGAAGUGUCGGAUGGCGUCAUGCGAGAACUUCAAAGGUCUGGAUGGUGAGAUGGAGCACUCGCAUGUGUACGGUAACUUGCCGUCGUCUGCGGAGCGUGCUGGACCAGAUGGACAGGAAAUGAGCCACAGCGCAGAGGAAGUCAGCUACGCUUCUGUCCAGUUUAAACAAAAGACAGUGAGCAGACCAGGGAUGGACAGCAGAGACUUUGUCGUCUACUCAGUGAUGAGCCCAUUGUGAUGACACAGCAGGAUUACGGAUCAAUGAAUGUUGCUCAAUGAUAAGUGUUCAAUAAACACAAAGAUGGUGAGGA